AUCCUGGGCAGCGAGGAGACCUUCCAGGCGGUGGAGUGUGCCGCCUUCCUGCAGGUGAAGCCCUUGGCCAAGUAUUUGAUCCACUCCAUCAACUCCGACAACUGCAUCCUGCUCUACCAAGCCGCCGCCAUCUUCGGCCUCUUGGACCUCUUCCAUUGUGCCGCGCUCUACAUCAGGGACAGCUACACCGAGCUGGAGGAGUACCUGGACUGCCUCUCCGCCGACCUGCUGGCCUACGUGGAGACCCUCCUGCCCAGCACCUUCGUGGCCGUUGGAGCCCACACGCCCACCUUCGAGUUCCUGGAGGACCUCUCCAGGACCAUCUGCUACCUGGACGAGGAGACCAACACGUGGAGAACCCUCUCCUGCCUGCCCCUGAGCGCCAGCACGUUCCUAGCCGGCAUGGCGACCAUGGAUAAUAAGAUCUACAUCGUGGGUGGUGUCUACGGGGCCAGCAAGCAGGUGGUGGAGAGCAGCUUCUGCUACGACGCCAACACCAACGCCUGGAGCGAGUUCCCCAGCCCUCAUCAGCUGCGCUACGACGUCCGGCUGGUGGGCCACGAGGGCUACCUCUACGCCAUCGGUGGGGAGUACGAGAAGAUCUCGCUCAAGUCCGUGGAGAGGUACGACGUGGCCUCCAACACCUGGACGUUCAUCUCCGACCUGCCGCAGCCCAGCACGGCCGCACCCUGCGCCCAAGCCAUGGGGCAGAUCUUCGUGUGCUUGUGGAAGCCACUGGACACCACCAUCAUCUACCAGUACGAGACCCAGCAAGACGUGUGGCUUCCCGUCACCGAGCUCAAGCGGCACCAGAGCUAUGGGCACUGCAUGGUGGCCCACCGUGACAACCUCUACGUCAUGCGCAACGGCCCCUCCGAUGACUUCUUGCGUUGCGUCAUCGAUUGCUUCAACCUGACGUCGCAGCAGUGGACCGCCCUUCCCGGCCAGUUCGUCAACAGCAAAGGAGCCCUCUUCACCGCCAUCAUCAGGGGGGACACCGUCUACACCGUCAACAAGAUGCUGACGCUCCUCUACUCCGUGGAAGAGGAGACCUGGAGGUUCAAGAAGGAGCGGGCGGGCUUCCCGCGCAGCGGCUCCCUGCAGACCUUCCUCCUGCGGCUGCCAAGGCGCGACCACGACAUCGCGACAUAG